UACAGCCGCCUCCAACCGGCAGAAAGCACGCGCUGAAACCUGCAGCUGAUAGUCAAACUUUAACCAUCUAUCAAAAAUGUCCCCCAGCAGCAGCUGUCACUGAAAGGCGGCAUCAGGCACAGAGGGAUGGAGCGCAGGAAUUAACCGGACAAAGGAGGAAAGCUGACGGACAGUGUGACGUUCAGGAGCCUCGGCGAGGAUUACCACGCUCUCCAACGGUGGGGUGUUUUUUCCCCUCUAAAAAUAGGCGACUUUGGGUCUGCACGCCCCCACCUAGAGAUGUUAACCGCGAUGUUAGCUUGUUGAAAAAAAUUGCUUCAGUCAUUGCCACAAGAUUGUUAAUGUUCCUCAAAUCUGCAUCUCCCCUCCUAAAAAUGUUUGCGGAGCUCCUCGGUGGAUUAUCUGAACCGGUUGUCAGCUGUGUGAUUUAUAAUUGAUCACGGAGGACGGAGCUGGACACCGCCCGGACCAGCUUCAAGGCUACCGGACCGGGAUUGUAUGUCUUUUUGCCUGGUUUGUGAAAAGAAAAAGGCAGUCAGCUUCCAGCUCUGUGUGCUGGCGGAUGGAAACUGCGCGCAUUGCCGGAAUAUUUUGGGAUUGAGAUAGUUCAAUUUGUUAAAUAGGGCCCUACCUGGAGGGAUAGCUGCAUGUUUUGGAGAACACACCACCCGUCCAUACACUCAGACGGAUGCUUGGAUAAGUGAAAAGGUUACUUGCACUCAAGGACACUCUCAGUGUUAGUCGGUGUAGUUCUCUUAAAGUCUUUGGGUUUUGAAGCACAAACUGGAGCUGCGCACGGAUUUUAAGUGGGAUUGAAGGUAUUUAGCCCCCCGACAUCACUUUUCUGUGCUGCGUCUCGCUUUGGAUAUCCCUCUGAGGACUGUGCUCCAAUGAAACAGCGAAUGUACACAGAUGGCACGAGCUCUGACGCCCCUGUUACUUUGAAUGCGUUACUGGAAUAACGGUAAUUGGGAUUUGGGAGGCGAAUGGGAGGCUAAUGGGAGUUAUUCAGCAGCCAUAUAACCCCCUCCAUCCACCCACCCUUGUCGUUUGAGGAUCUAUGUGUACGUGAGUGCGUCUCGUAGUUUUGCACGGUGAGACCACCGGCACCUGGAUUCCCGGUUCGCCCCCUUUUCUUCUCUUCUGCCUGACUGCGCGCACGUCUGUUCCGGUAAUUUCGCUCCUGCUGCUGCCGCUGCCUCUGCUGCUGUCCGGUCCCACACACAUACACACACACACUCCCGUUUAUUCAGCCCCAGAAAACUACCAAGAGAGCCUCUCUCUCUCCGCGUGUGGAUGGGAAAGGAGUCGCGCAGGAGAGGAGAGCAGGAGUUGGGAUAAGCAGCCGAGCCUGAUCGCCUUUAAAAAAAAAAAAAAAAAGCCGUGCGGGGCUCCUCGUUGUGAUUUAACUCAUCUAUUAGUGGACGGAUCGGGAGAGCAAGAAGAAGGGGUUCCGGAGAAAAGAGACUAGAGGAAAGAAGGUGGAGAUCGAUGAAGGUAUCUGGAAGGAUUGAGCUGGCAACCAGAUGACAUAAAGAUGCUAGAGGACAGAAACACGUGAAGCCAGUCUAUUGAAGGUGGGAAGAUUGUCCUGGAUUGGUCAAGAGCAGGCAGAGCAGAAAAUGAGAAAUCAGAAAAUAGUCUCAAGGCCCUUGAACUCUGGUUCGGCAGCAAGUAAGUGGUAGGAGGGUGCCCUUGUUAGCUUGUCAUCCCAUUGUAACCCUGAGGCCAGUGAUGUGACUGGAAUGUGAAUUCACCAUAAAAGGACCGACUCUACCUGAGGACUUCCUGCUUCCCCAAGAAACUCAGGGAAUCUUGGCAGACUUUGACGGACAGCUGGCUGAGCAAAUGACAAACUUUGAGAGCUUUUAACGCAUGUCUGCUGGGUCCUCCGGUCAAACCAACGUGGGCGUGCGCACCACGAUUACGUGAAAGUGAACCCGGAUGAGCGCCAGCACUGCUUCGUGCCCUGUGAGAAGAGGACGGCCCCCCUCCCUGUUGAAGAGGCUGUUGCAGAUCAAAUCCAGUCAUCACAUCACAGCUGGACUUGGUCCUGAUUGGCUCCCCUUGAUAAAGAAAUAGUGAAACCCCCUGAAUCAGCAGGACUGUAGCCAUGGAUGUCGUCUCCUCGCUGGUCUGCCCUCUCCUCCUCUUCUUCAUCCUCCUGUCCUCCCUUCCCUCCUGCUCCUCCUCCAUGCUGUGUCCGAAGCGGUGCACCUGCCAGAACCUGCUGCCAUCCUACACAGUGCUGUGUGCCAAGACGGGCCUCCUCUUCGUCCCGCCCAACAUCGACCGCCAGACAGCCGAGCUCAGGCUGAUGGACAACUUCAUCACAACGCUGAGGCACCGCGACUUCGCCAACAUGUCCAGCCUGAUCCAUCUGACCCUGAGCAGAAACACCAUCAGUCAAAUCCGGCCGUACGCCUUCGCUGACCUUCAGGACCUCCAUGCUCUCCACCUGGAUGCCAACCGCCUCACCGUCCUGGACGACUCCCACUUCCAAGGCCUGGUGAACCUGCGGCACCUCAUCCUGGCCAACAACCAGCUGCACAGCAUAUCAGAGGGAGCCUUUCAGGAUUUCCUGGAGACUCUGGAGGACUUGGAUUUGAGCUAUAACAACCUGGUGGACAUCCCCUGGGAGACCAUCGCCCUGCUGGUCAGCGUCAACACCCUCAGCCUCGAUCAUAACCUCAUAGAAAGCGUCCCCGAGGGAAUCUUCUCCAACCUGCACAAACUGGCCAGAUUGGACAUGACAUCCAACAAGCUAAAGAAGAUUCCUCCAGACCCAUUGUUCCUGCGGAUUCCCGUGUAUGCCAAGAUGAAGGGUUCUCCUCUCACGGCGCUGGUGUUAAGUUUCGGUGGGAACCCUCUGCAUUGUAACUGUGAGCUGGUCUGGCUCCGCAGACUGACCAGAGAGGACGACCUGGAGACCUGCGCUUCGCCCAAAGACCUGGCUGGCAAAUACUUCUGGACCAUUAGAGAGGAGGAGUUUGUGUGCGAGCCCCCAAUGAUAACUCGCCAUACCUCCAAGAUGUUUGUGAUGGAGGGUCAGGAGGUCAGCCUGCGCUGUAAAUCCAUUGGAGAUCCUGAGCCCUCGACACAUUGGGUCAGUCCUGAUGGAAAGCUGAUUGGCAACACAUCCAGAACCAUCUGCUACGAGAACGGCUCGCUUGACAUCCUAAAGGCAUCCGUUAAGGAUUCUGGAAAGUUUACGUGCAUAGCAUCUAAUGCAGCUGGGGAAGCCACCGCUCCUGUUGAGUUAGUCGUCAACCCUUCGCCACACUUUGACCCCAAACUGGACCCCGACCCAGGGCCUUCAGACAUCCCCACAUCCAUCAAAUCCAAUGCCAGCGGAGGUCAGGCCCGGUACGACCAGCAAAGGGUCAGUGUGUCGGAUCUAACAUCCAGUUCUGCUACCAUUCGAUGGCCCCCGCAGAACCACAUACCCGGAGUCCGCAUGUACCAGAUCCAGUACAACAGCUCCACAGACGAUAUCCUCAUAUACAGGAUGAUCCCAGCCAACCACAAAUACUUCCUACUGAGCGACCUGGCAUCAUCGCGGGACUACGAGCUGUGUGUUUUGGCCGUCUAUGACGACGGCAUCACCGCCCUUACAGGCACCAAGCUAGUGGGCUGCGUGUCCUUCAGCACGGAGACGGAGUACGGACGCUGUCACUCGAUACGAGAUCAGUUCCUGGGAGGUACCAUGAUCAUUAUCAUCGGGGGGAUCAUCGUGGCCUCUGUCCUAGUCUUCAUCUUCAUCCUUCUGAUGAAGUACAAGCUGCACAGCAACCACUACAAACAGAAAGCUGCCGCGCGCCAUGCUAACGUCUGCUCCCAGACCAACGGAGGAGGGGGAGGGGGAGCCAACGUCCUCGCUGUGCCUCCGUCCUCCUCCUCUGCAGGGCAGGGUGGAGGUGUUAAUAAAAACUCCCAGCCAUCAUCAUCGGCAGAAGGGAUGGGAGGAGCUUCUCUUCGAGGGACGACUGUAGUGGACUUAAAUCCCACCCAUGACGAUGAUGCCAUCUCCCAAUAACACACAAGAAACUGUCAGUCACACCCACAACUCACCAAUCUCUGAGCCCAAACCAAUACUCCACCUCCCUCCCCCUUUUUUUAUUUCUUUUGUUGCUGGUGCCUGGAGCCAAACUCCACUUUACUCCGAGGAGCGGCUCCUGUUAUUGAUUUACUUACAUUCAGCUUCACGGCGCUGAAGGGAGAGGAGGAGGGAGAGGUGCCCCAGUGAAUUGCAUGGUCACAUUCUCCUAAUGAGCCCCGAUGAUCAAGUGUUUGACCCAGAGACACAGCCACCUCACGCCUGAGGCCACCUCACUCAAGAAUCAGAUGGGAUGUGAUGUGAACAUCCUGUGGGCAGUCAGAGGAGAAUAAACAGCCUUCCUGUUGACAUGCAGGACGCUUGAAUCAGACAUGUUGGAUACAGGUUAGGCUCUGGAUGUUGAACUCUGCUCAUGUUCGGUGCUUAACUGGGGCUUGAAACCUUGGAUCAGAAGAACUGGAGUAAACAUGGUCUUGAAUCUCUUCUUCUUUUCUGAAGGAAAUAUCCAAUGAUCAGACGGGGCUCUAAAGGGUGUCGUGUGGAUUUAACCUCUGCAUUUGACAGUUAGAAUCCACCCUCAAUGCUGCUCUGGGAAUACACUGAACGGAUUACUGAAAAAACCCUUUUAUGACAUUUUUCCAGGAUCUCCUAGAUUGUGGUUCCUCUAGGAUUUGGUGGCACCACUCCUCUCUUUCCCCAGCAUACAGUCAUAUGCCAAAGGAUUACUACAGUAUUAUGACAGCAUUACUACAAUAUCGGGAGAAUAUGCAGAUUUCCAAAAGCACACCGCUCUAUUAUCUCUUAGCAGUCAAAGAGAAAAUUCAUGUUGGGCCUUGGAUUGAAAAUACGAGCACAUUGUCAACGUCUUGUCUCAAAGCAUCAGUAAUACAAACUGUCAAACUAAACGGUGAACUUCUCUGGCACUUUAAUCGUAUGUCUUCACCUUCCCUCUCUCUCUAUCUCUCUUUCUCUGUCUCUCUCACUCUCUCUCUUUCUCUCACUUUCAUGAACAACUGAAUAGUAUACUCUCCAGUAUUACCAAUCUAACUCUUCUGGCUGCGAAUGACUCAGAAAAUGUUGAAAUAAUCAGUGUGUUUGCGUUCAUGGUGGAUUGGUUCUCUCUAUGUCAGAGUAUUAAUAAAAAAUAAAAACCUUGGCGUCCCAAGAAUGGAGCCUUGAGGAACUCCUGUGAGGAUUUAUUCAAAGCCAAACUUCAAGCACAGACGUCCGGCUCUACGUUUGAUGGUGAAUUCUGAUGUUCCGUUUGACACUGGAAAGUAACUGUACCUGUACGAAGCACUGGUGAACUUGACCAUUGGUGUUCCUAUUACUAAAAGCUGGCACUUGAGAUAGUUAAAUGUAUUAAGCGGUUUUAAAAGAUGGCCAGCAGAACUUGCGCUGUCCCAUCCCCUCCCUCCCUCUCUUGCUCCCCCUUUGCCGUUUGACAGUGUCUGUGUUUGUAUGUGACAUACACCUUACAGUCUUCGAUGGUUUGAUACCCAUGAUUUACUUUGAAUAUAACGAAACAAAUGACCACAACAAGGAGAAAAAAAAACACAACAACAUGCGAAAUGGGGAUUUUAUGCUUUCAUAGA